GGCGGUUUCGCCGCCCCACUCGAGUCUUCCCCUACCCAUGCAAAGCGGCAUGAAUACGAUCUUCAGGCGAAGGAUAAAAUCAUUCCGUGAACGACAAUCGAGCAUUCGGCAGAAAGCAGCUCUGGUGAUUAUUCUAAGCGGCAUGCUUACUCUACUGAUCGUCGUCCUCGCGCUCCAGUACGGCGCCAAUCAGGCCGAGGAGUAUGCCUCCCCUUGGCACUACAAGUGCGAUGGCGGCCUGUGCAAGAAGCAGUUGAUCACGGAAGAGACGAGCAACCCGAUCGCUCUCAGCGUCUGCCAGUUGUCAUGCGGCCAAGGUGGAGCUCUCUGGCCGAAGCCGACGGGACACUUGUCCCUCGGUAACACCGUGGCUCAGCUGAAUGCUGACAACAUCAUGCUGACCGGCAUCUCGCAGCAGACGAUGGUGGGAGAUCUUCUUCAGAAAAACAUAGAUCGUCUAAAGCAGAGCUCGAAGAAGCUCGCCGGCCCGGUGACGUUGAAAAGCGGCGGCGUCGGUUUGCUGAUCCACGUCGCACCCGAAGGUCUUCCGACCGACGACGUCAAGUUGACCUUGGAGACGGAUGAGAGCUACACUCUCCGAGUGGCUCAGGCCAACGGACAGGUGGAAGCGCACAUCAUGGCGAAGACAUAUUUCGGCGCUCGUCACGCCAUGGAGACCCUGAGCCAAUUGGUCGUCUUCGACGACCUGCGCAACAAGCUGCAAAUCGCCAAUGACGUGUACAUCGUGGAUGGCCCGAAGUAUCCUUAUCGCGGGAUCCUUUUGGACACCAGCCGAAACUACGUGGACAAGGAGACGAUCUUGCGGACGAUCGAAGGCAUGGCCAUGUCCAAGCUGAACACCUUCCACUGGCACAUCACCGACUCCCACAGCUUCCCCUACGUCAGUAGAACGUGGCCGAAAUUCGUGAAGUACGGCAGUUACACACCGACGAAGAUCUACACGCCCGAGAUGAUCAAGGAAAUCGUCGACUAUGCUUUGGUCCGCGGUGUUAGGGUCCUGCCGGAGUUUGACGCUCCUGCUCACGUCGGCGAGGGUUGGCAAUGGGUUGGCGAUAAUGCGACGGUGUGCUUCAAAGCCGAGCCCUGGAAGGAUUAUUGCGUGGAGCCACCGUGCGGCCAGCUUAAUCCUACCAGCGACAGAAUGUACGAGGUCCUAGAGGGUAUUUACCAUGAUAUGAUGGAGGACUUCGAAUAUCCGGAUAUCUUCCACAUGGGCGGCGAUGAAGUGAACAUCAACUGCUGGCGAUCCACGAAAAUCAUCACCGACUGGAUGUUGAAGAAGGGAUGGGACCUCAGCGAGGGAAGCUUCUACAUGUUGUGGGAGUAUUUCCAGGAGAAGGCUUUGGAGAAACUAAAAAUCGCCAAUGGCGGCAAGGACAUCCCGGCUAUCCUUUGGACUAGUGGGCUCACUAACGAGGAGAAUCUUCAGCAUUUGGACCCCAAGAAAUACAUCAUUCAGAUUUGGACCACUGGUGACGACCAGACCAUCGGCAGACUCCUGCAGAAUGACUUCAAGAUCAUUAUGUCGAACUACGAUGCUCUGUACCUUGAUUGCGGAUUCUCAGCCUGGGUGGGUGAAGGUAACAACUGGUGUGCGCCGUACAAGGGAUGGCAGAAAAUUUACGACAAUUCACCGUUAGAAAUAGUGAAGAAACAAGGAUACGGGCACAAGAAGAACCUUAUUCUAGGUGGAGAGGCGGCAUUGUGGACCGAGCAAGCGGACAGCACAUCCACCGAUUCUAGAUUGUGGCCGAGGUCGGCUGCGAUGGCUGAAAGAUUAUGGACCGAACCGGCAUACAAAUGGUAUCAUGCUGAACAAAGGAUGCUGAGGCAACGCGAGAGAUUCGUAGAGAGAGGAAUCGACGCGGAUAGCCUGGAACCCGAAUGGUGCCUGCAAAAUCAAGGCUCGUGUUAUGCAUAAACCUUAAAUUAAUGCUGUUGUGAAAAUUUUACAUUCGUCUCAUUUGUACAGAAACUCACAUUGUUUUUUUACAUUUGACGUUAUAAUAAAUACUACCGUUUCUGAUGUUUCGA